AUGUCGUUGUCAAAUCUUGCUCCAUUGGAUUCCAGGACAAUCCCGACAAUCCAAGCAGCAUGUAGAUUUUUUGGAUACCUCCAUGCAAACCCUCGGUGGUCCCUCAAGAUCACGCCCGAUGAGGUGGAGCUGAUUUAUUUCAUCGUCCUGAAUUAUUCAGAGCUAGGACAGACCAGUACCAGCAGCUCUAUAGUGUCUAUUCCCACCCCUCAAAACCUUGCGUCGACCCAAUUCGAUUUCCCAAAGACAUGGUUGACCCAGAGAAAACGAGUGCUAAGGGCAGCGCGAGUCUUUCUCAUAGACGCCAAGCGAAUCUUCUUCAUGACAGAUGGUUUUCACCAUUGGAGGAGACAACUCUUCACAACAUCACUACUUGAUCUGCCUAACGAGCUGUUGCAGCUCAUUGCAGCUCUUUUACCGACAAAGACUCUCGCUGGACUCUGUCAAUUGAAUCGCCAUCUCUCCAACGUGAUAGGCUUUGAACUCUGGAGACCACUGGACAGAGUUCUCGUGGCCUUGAAAUGGAGCUUGGAUCACCGUCAGCUGGUAGUUUACACAAAGGCAGUCGAAGUACUCUCGAAGAUUCCUGAAAGUAUGGGCAACAAGUCCACGUGGAAAUUGUUUCCUGUGAUAAACACCGACAAUAUCCAUAUGCUGGAAUGUAUGGCUUUGAAAGGCGGUUUUAGUGGGAAAUUGUAUCGUCAAUUCCUCGUGGACACGCUGUUGUACAAUGUGGAAUGGUCAAACCCCAAACAUCUAUCUGUUGAAGAGGUCCUCAAACUAGGGGCCGAUCCGAAUUGUUUCAGUCAUGACCCUGCCCUUUGCAGCUUGAACCUUGGGCGUAUUCCAAUACUGUUGAUUGCUAUCUGUGGUAGCCGUGAUCUUUGUGUUGACAUUUUCGAGCGUCUGCCUCAACAUCCGUACAACACAUAUUUUCCAAAGCGGUCAACAGUCCAUAUUGUUCACCUUUUGCUCGAAUAUGGGGCUGAUCCAAAUGCCCACAUAUCCGACAACACGUCGCCACUUCAUGUGGCAGUCUCCCCGUGCAAUUUCAUGCGCAAGUCAGAUGUUGUGACAGAAUUGAUCAAAUAUGGCGCUAAUGCAAACGCAAUUGGCCCCCAUGGGAAAACACCUCUUCACGUGGCCGUUGCGCAAAACCAUUGUUCUGACCACCGCGUUUCCCGCAAAGACACAAUCGAUGCCCAUCUUCAAGCUCCAGGCAUUGACCUCGACCCGCGUGACGAGAAUGGCCGUACGCCCUUGAGCAUUGCCGCCGGCCUUAACAGUGCGGCCUCUGCUUGGUUUGUGAAAAAAAUGCUUGAAAAUCCCAAUGUUGAUAUCAAUUCCCAAGACCUUCAUGGGAAGACGGUAUUAUAUCAUUCGGUGGAGAGCAAAAACAUAAGAGUUGCCAAGCUGUUGCUGUCGCAGAGUCACAUCAACCCGAAUCUCAACACUAAGUACUUGCCCCUGUUUUUCGCCGUUUCGCGUCGGAUGCUACCAAUGGUGGAGAGUUUGCUAAGCACAAAGGCAACCGACCCAAACCGGAAGGACAGCAAUGGGCGUCUCGCUUUGACAUUGCCAACUUCGAAGGCUAUAAUAAAACUGCUUAUUGAAGCUGGCGCUGAGCUGGACAUUCCAGAUAGCACGGGUCUGACUGCACGGGAAACGAUCUUGCAGGCGGGCAUCAAUAUUGAGCAAGUAAUGCACGCAAGCAGAAAAAGAAAAAGAGAAAGGAAGAGUUAA